CCAGUCCGGUUCUGAUUAUUGUUAUGAUUUUUGUUUCUUAUCCAUGUCAAUUUGUCAAUUCAUGACCAUUCAUGACUGUCCGCGACCGGAUGACCAACCAGUGACCAACUGUUGUUUGUUGACAUUUACGCCGGCUUAAUUGUUAAAAAACUGUGUUAAAACUAAGAUACACAUGAAAUACGAGUGAAAUCAUUACAAACACUAGUUUAUAUCACGUGUUGAUCUACCUGUUCUCAUUUAAGAGCCAUCUACAAUGGAGUGUUUUAGUCGUAACAGCGCUAAAUCUACGGCCAAGCUGUCUACAAUACAGACGACGUAGCAGUAACAUACAAGCCAGUCAUCGCAGAGAGGCGACCAAAAACUAACCCGGAACGCCCGAAUGCUCAUUGUAAGCACGCACCGAACUGGCUCAAUGUCUGCUAUAGGCCGUAAGCAAUAAGGCAGUACGAAAUGAAAAUAUUUUCUACGACUACUACUACGGCCUACGACUCUCCAUUGUAGAUGGCCCUUAAAGAGGCGACCGAAAAGUAACCCAGAACGCCCCAACGUUCAUCGUUAGCAUGCACCGAAUUGGCUCAAUGUCUGCUGUAGGCUGUAAGCAGUAAGGCAGUACGAAAUAAAAAUAUUUUUUACGAUUACUACUACGGCCUACGACUCUCCAUUGUAGAUGGCCCUUUACGAUUGAGAAGAUUGUAACGGGGACAAGUAGGUUCAAUAACGACAAGUAUUAAACCACUGUGCGCUAAGAAAAAAAAAUACCUAUAAAAGAAAGAAGAGAACAGUGCUUUCUGACACGGUUUUGUUUAUGAUCACUGAUCUGAUAAAAUGGCGAGUAUAGUGGAAGAAUGUGUGAGCAUGGACAAAGGGAAUUGUAAUCCACCAGCAAAAAAAAUUAAACUGGACGAUGGAAAUAUGACUGACGUGGUUGAGAAGAACCCAAACGAGAAUGAUAUGAAUGAAACAGAGUUGGAUCUGUCAAGCUUUAAAGUGACAAAGGUACUGCAGAAUAACUGUGCACGAAAAUUAAUAUGCAUGGAGGGAACAUUUGAGGAUCGAGAUGGCUCGGCAGUUGUCUUGCUCGAACAGAGAAGUUUCCCCUAUGACAAGGAGAUCAUGGAAAAGGACUUCUUCGAUGGGAAGAUGAUUUUUAGGAAAAUCUUUACUAAUGACAUCUAUAGAAACUAUAGUUGCUUUCCAACUGAGGAGCGUAACGGCCUGCAGGCGACUGUGAUAUAUCCUGCCACACAGACGCACAUCAACAAAUACAAGAAGCAUGAAUUAUUUAUGAUAGAUGAAACCUAUGAACUCUACCAGCAAGUCACUCUCCCUUACAUAGAGUCAAUGAGUCUUAGUUUGGAGUGGAUAACCAAUAUUCUGGAGCACAAAGCUGAACAGGAAAGUAUUAUUUAUGAGGAUCCUGACAAGGAUAACGGUUUUGUAUUAGUGACAGAUUUCAAAUGGGAUAAGCAGAAAGAUACAUUGAAGCUGUUGGCUCUGCCAUUUCAAAAAAUAAGGUCAUUAAGGGAGUUGAAUGGAUCUCAUCUUCCUUUAUUAAAAAAUAUACGAGAUGCCGGGACGGCAGCAAUCACUAAAAAGUUUAACAUAUCUGCAUCGCAGCUUAGAAUGUAUUUCCACUAUCAGCCAUCAUAUUAUUAUCUGCACAUUCAUUUCUGCUAUCUUAUGUUUGAAGCACCAGGAAUUUAUGCAGAAAAGGCGCAUCUUUUAUCGACAGUUAUAAGAAACUUAGAACUGAUGUCAGACUAUUAUACAAAAGCAGUACUUUCGUACGUGGUAUUUAAGGGCAGCCCACUUUACGAAAAGUUUAAGUCGCAUGGAGCCCUACAGAUAUCGACAGACUGUGAAACGCAACAGACUAUAGAUAUAGCAUAAAUAAAACUACUUUGCAUUAAAAGAAGCAAAUUAUAUUUUAUGUUUACAUACAAUAUGACAAGAAAUUGAUGUGUAUUUUAUUUACAAUUGAAAAUAAGAAAAAAGAUUAUAAAAAAUGCAGUGUUGUUAAUAGAAAAUAUCUUCAUCAAAAAUAGCGUUGUUGCGGAACGGGGCUCCACUUCAACAGAGCUAACGCGCUCUUAUAAGUGUUACUUUGAAGAAUCAGGAAUAGAAAA